AGUGACACGGCUCCGCAACGUCAUGUCUUGGUUUCAUUCCUGAAGUUUUGCUUGUAGAAAAUCUUCCUUCUUGUUCUUCUGUAGCUUGAAGAAGGCCUACGCGCACGAUGCUGACAAGCAUUGUUGUAAUGUCGUGGUAUAUGAAAUUUACUGGUACCAAAUUCUAGAUCUAUCGAACAAGGUACUUGAACAAUUAUUGAAGCCUCAACAUUGUGAUUAGAUUUUUGAUUUUUUGACCAAGAAAAAAUGUUCUUCCUUUUCCGGCUAUCGCUAGCCUUCGCAUUAGGCACAGCCAUACGCUCAGUGGAAGCGUCAGUGGACUGUACCGCCUUAUCCUCUUGCGGAGCAUGCUACAAUGCUAGCUCGUGGUGUCACUGGUGCAGCUCUAGCACUGCAACAUCCUCAAUACAGCCACAGUUGCACCUAAUGGCCAAGCAUGCAGCCCAGCAAGACCAGGGGCAGCAAGAGCAACAACUACAACAAUUUGGUGCUGUUCCUGCAGGAGGAAGUUGUCACACCAUCGGCACUGGUUGUAUGGUCGGAAGCUCGUGUGGCGAUGACAACGUAAAUGCCACCUGCAGAGCACAGCCGGAUUGCCAGACUUGCACAGCAGCCUCGUCACUAUGUCACUGGUGCGGCGACAGCUGUCACGUAUGGGGCAGCCCUUACGGUUGCGCAGUUGGCGUCAGCUGCAUGGCUAACACAGAAUGCAAGCGUAAACAGCCGGUUUUUAUUGGGUUUGCGCCAGCACCGGACUACGUUUACAUCGCGACAUUCGGGCUUUUGGCCGUAUUUCUGUCGAUGGCAGGCUGUGUGCAAUGUACCAUCUCUAGUAUAAAAAUUCGAUGAUCAUGAUCAUGAUGUAGAAGAUGUGGAUUUUGAUUUUGUUUUCCUUCAGUCGUUUGGGUUAGUUACAUCUACUCAUCUAACAUUUUCUAGCAAUCACAACAUCUUGUUCGCAUUAUUGACGUGCACACAAAACAACCCAGGUAUCUGCUAUCGGGUGUACAAAAGUGUCCAAAUCGCCAGAGCCGAAAUCGAGCAAUCAUACGAAGGCACCCAGCUACGAAGUGGAGUCGAUGAGGAUGCGAGAGCAGUGACUGUAGCUGAUGAGCAGGAUGGCCGCGGUCCUCAGCGCAUAACUGCCCUCGACCCAGCCUCUACGAGGCCAGCGCUUUGGGCUCGCAUUAUUGAUAGGCUAGUCAGCGGCUGCUUUCGCAAUACGUGUUGCCUCUGCCUGAUCUUGCUUCCGUUUUUGAUUCUCUUAAGGCUCAUCUCCAGAGUAGUUUUUCAUUGCUGGUCUUUUCCUUGUGAAAUAAUAUUCUGUCGUAGACUAUUCACUGCAAGCUUUUCCAGCAGAGUUGAGCAAGAGAUCCUCAUGAGUAGAUGAUGCAUGAGUUGUCCUCCGAACCCAUCCUCACCAUGCCCAUGCAGUCAUAAAUGAGAAAACAACAAACUAUCUCGUCGGCGUCUUCUCUUCUAAUAUCCGGCUCCAUUGUCUUCGUGGUGCACUAUCCUCGCGAACCCGUGAUUGAUUACUGUAGUAAGGAACUCGAGUGGAGCAAGCUGAUAAACAACAUCGAAACUCUGGUCACAGAACAGGUGUAUGCGGACUUUGAGUUUCUUUUGAGUGUCUACAACCCGAACCGCGUAGAUGCGCACAUAGACGAGGUCAAGGCGAGACUGUACUAUCCUCCAGGAAGCACAAAUUUGAUCGGAACGGUGGGAUUGAAAAACUACACAGCAGCAGGAGGCAGCGUUAGUGAUGGGUACUAACUCUUUUACGACUUAACAUUUUUGAUAAGGUACUAACUCUUUUACGACUGUGCUAGGUAAAUGAAUGAAUGAAUGAAUGAUAUGGAUAAAAUUUUGGUCCUCUGGUCGUCAGGAAAUAAAAAGACCUUGAUGCGUGGUCAAUGCUUUUCACGUUAGCCAACAUGAGCAUUUCUUAUUUCUACUACACUCCUCUGUGAUUUUCAUUUUCAUCAAAUACACCCCGACGACCCAACUGAACUCAGCCUCGCAGUCGUGUCCCUCGCUGUGGAGCGGUGGUCGGCUCUCGACCUGGCUAAGCAAUACGCAUUAGGGCAGUUGAAGAUAGAGGUUCGUGGAGAAGUCAGCUUCGCUCUCAACGCAUAUGGUUGGAAGGUCGUACAUACGACAGUGGAUCUUCCUCUGCAGGUAAUCGACACCGCGGCACCAAUAGACAUGACGUACUGCAAUUGCCGGGACGGACCGCCGUCGCAUCGACACCAGCGGAGAAGUGACGCGAAAGUGAAUCCUUUCGAUGAUAUACUAGACGAUGAACAAAGAGGCUCUUCCAUAUCCAUAAACGAUCAAGACCACGACAUCUACAGCUGGUAAUUUUCCACACUGGUUGCUACCAGCUAAUCGAUUCCCUUUAUUUCGCCUCAGAGUUCUCUCACCUCUCUGCUUACAACACGUUGGUGAUACAAGAGCAGCAGCGACAGCCGACAUAACCCCUAUUCCGCAGUACAGUGGCACGAUUGGCGAUGUACUUGCCUUUUUUCCCAUAGAUCGAAUCCAUAACUUUUGAGAAUAGAGUUAGUUUGACCGAUUAUGAACUCGAAACAAAAGAGACUCGUGUACUAAAUAAAGUUGUAUCUAUAAGAGAUUGGAUUUGGAACGCAUGACGUUAUUUCUUCCAAAUUAUCACCGUCCUAUUUGGACGACUUAGACUUCCUCCAACAUCAACAUCGGAGUUCGGGCAGUGUCUGAUGCUCAUGCUGUGCUUUUUGGCUGCUCCCGUCAACAAGUAUCUGUUUUUUCUUCUGCACCAUUAUCGGUCCAUCUUGACCACCUAUGUAUUUAGUAGAACGUGGUGAUCCACGACCCGUCAAGCUGACGUCGCUG